CCUACUGGUUUGACCCAUAGCUUGUGAGAUCCAUGCUUGCUAUCGCGGCUGCCAAAUCCGUUGUCCCUCGACUGGUCACCAGAUUGACACACUGCCGCCUUGUCUCUAAGAUGACAGAACAGACUGCUCUUCACGACGACAUUAAGCCGUUGGCGUGGUUGUUGGGGAGAUGGAGGGGAGACAACGGCGUCGGUAUAUUCCCCACCAUCAAGGACUUCAACUACGGCGAGGAGCUGUAUUUCUAUCACACUGGACAGCACUACAUCCACUUUCAAACACGCUCCUGGGAUGCGGGGACAAAGAAACCUUUGCAUGGAGAAUCAGGUUUUAUUCGACGACAGUCAGACACAAACCGCGUCGCCAUCACUAUUGCAACGAAUAUAGGUUUCAGUGAACUUGAAGAAGGGGAGCUAAAUGGUGAAGAGCUGAAUGUGGAGUCUCGAACUAUAGGUGGCAUGAGCUUCUUCCGGUUGACGCCAGCAACAAAGAUUAAACGUCUCAUUCGACGUGACGGGGACAGCCUGGAGCAGACGUUGUGGAUGGCAACGGAAAAGACGCCCCUGACGCAGCACCUGAACAUCCGUUACUCCAGGAUACAAGAGGAUGCCGCCGAACUGAAGAGCGUGCUGUGACCUAGCUAGAGUCACAGUUCAGAACCACACGCGUCUAUUACAUGCUUAAACACACUGAACCACUGUGAUAGCGUAAAGGCUCUUUUUCGUCUUUUAGAUUGGUUGUAUGGGUUGUAAGAACCAAAGCUGAAUGGAAGUCAUUUAAUUGGAUAUGUAUGUUUAUUCAGAUUGGCUGUGCAUGUAUUUGUACAAAUUAAUUUAAUUAGCAUGCAUAUGAUUUGUGUGUAAUCAAGGUCAUCUCUUUAUGAAAGGCGUUUCAAGCAAAUACAGUUUUCAUUUAACUUCGAAGCAGAUGCUGUAAAUUGAAAAUGUGUUCUUAGAAUUGAGAAACGAAAAGCAUGUCCUGUGACCAGCCCGCAAUCAAAGUCCAGGAUUGUAGACUUGAGACACACCUGGUCUAUUGCAUAUACUGAAGCCCUUUCCAAGAAAAUGGGGGCGGUGGGGUAGCCUAGUGGUUAAAGCGUUCGCUCGUCACGCCGGGUUCGAUUCCCCACUUGGGUACAAUUUGUGAAGCCCAUUUCUGGUGUCCCCCGCCGUUCUAUUGCUGAAAUAUUGCUAAGAACGGCGUACAACCAUACACAGACAGUCAGUCCAACAAAAUGCGUGAUUUCAUUUUGAUUUUGUCGUAUAAAGUAAUAUUGAUUCUGAUUUGGAACUGACAACAAUUAUGUUUUUCGCCAGAUUCUGUUUUCAUGGCAUGGUAAUGUUUAUUUUUAAAUGUGUUUGUUUGUUCGUUGUUAAAUGCCGCACAACAGCAGUUUUCCAGCUGUAUGACGGCAGCAUCUAAUUAAAGGUCUGGACCAGACAAUCCAGUGAUUUACAUCAUCUUCUCAAUGGGGCUACCCGAUCACGUUAAUCGCCUACAACAAGCAUGGGGUGCUGGAGAUCAAUUCUAACCAAGAUCGUCAGGAGUUUUUGUAAGGUCGAUAUGCUCAAAGGACACCAUUAUGGGGUGUGCUGUACAAUGUAUGUGGUCUCGCGUAGAUCAAUGCUCAUUCUGUUGAUCGCUUGAUUGUCUGGUCGAAACUCGAUGAUUUACAUGCCGCCGCCAUAUAGCUGGGAUAUUGCUCAGUGCGGCAUUAAACAAUAAACCAACCAACCAACCAUGGUGGAUUGGAGUUCCAUACCUCGUGCCACCUGCUUAUGUGUGGUAAUGUGGUCCCCUGACGAUGUGUUGUUAAUAAAUCUGUCUGCCUCAUUCUUUGCGUCCUCAACGUUGGAGUUCACCAGAUUCAUUUGCUUGUCAUUGCAUAAUCGGGUCUGCCUUUAGAAGAGAUUUCUUCUGGAUGUGGAAAAGGGUUUGUUACAUUUAUUUGUCGACUAUGUUCACAUCCGACUAAAGCUAAAAAGUUGACUUAUGUUGAGUUUGACAUUAUGGCUGAUUAAAUUCAUGAUUGUUCAAUUUGACAUUAUCGUUGAUUAUAUCCAUGAAUGUUCAAUUUGACGUUAUGGCUGAUUAAAUCCAUGAAUAUUCAGUUUGACGUUAUAGCUGAUUAAAUCCAUGAAUGUUCAAUUUGACAUUAUGGCUCAUUAAAUCCAUGAUUGUUUGAUCAAUUUGACAUUAUGGCUGAUUAAAUCCAUGAAUGUUCAA